UUCAUAUACGGCGUUUCGCAUGACCUCGCCUCAUCUCAUGAUAGCAGUGAAAUGUAUGAACGUUGGGCGACGGAAUAUGGGGUCGCGUAUAUGAUUCCGAGCGUCCUCGGACAGACUACAAUCGUGCUGUGUGACCCAAGAGCCAUAGCACAUUUCUAUGCACGAGAGACAUGGUCAUAUGUGCGCACGCCCCUUGAAGUGGCGCUUUUGGAGGUAACACUUGGCCCAGGGAUACUACGGGCUGAGGGUGAAAACCACAGGAGGCAGCGGAAGGCCCUCACGCCAGCUUUUAGUAAUGCAGCGAUUCGGAAACUCACAUCAGUGUUUUAUGAUUCAGUAUACAAGGCAAGG